GCAUGCAUCGCACGCCUUGCCCAGCGCUGCCCUACUCCUUGGGGGCCUUCUGAGGUGGCCUGGCCUCCCCCUGAGAGUGACCAGAAGCUCUUGAGCACUGGGCACCCUCUUGGACUGGUGAUGUGAACUGGAUUAACCAGGUUUGGACUUCCUAAAAAUCCUUUCGCAGUGACCAGCCCCACUUGCUAACGUGACAUAAAGCAGCUCCUUCCGCCCUCCCUGCAGUGACUUUGGCCAGGAGUGGAGUGGCAGGCACAGAGGUCCGUCAAUGCCGCCCCUGGCAGGAUCCCAGGAACGGUGGCAGCCAUGCUCCCCCCUGGCCCCCCGCGCUAAGCUGCAUGGUGUGGGUGCCCUUGGGACCCCAGAGGACUGACUGUCUGCCCUUGCUUCACGCCCCCGACAUCAACUCCUCCAAGAUGUCUCUCGAGUGGCUGGUGGCCUGGAGCUGGUCGCUGGAUGGCCUGAGGGACUGCAUCGCCACGGGCAUCCAGUCUGUGCGGGACUGCGACACCACCGCCGUGGUCACCGUGGCCUGCCUGCUGGUCCUGUUCGUGUGGUACUGUUACCACGUGGGCCGGGAGCAGCCCCGGCCCUACGCCUCCGUCAACUCGCUCAUGCAGGGCCCCGACGCCGGCGGGCUGCAGAACGGCUACGUGUACUGCCAGUCCCCCGAGUGCGUGCGCUGCACCCACAACGAGGGCCUCAACCAGAAGCUCUACCACAACCUGCAGGAGUACGCCAAGCGCUACUCCUGGUCCGGCAUGGGCCGCAUCCACAAGGGCAUCCGCGAGCAGGGCCGCUACCUCAACAGCCGGCCGUCCAUCCAGAAGCCCGAGGUCUUCUUCCUGCCCGACCUCCCCACCACACCCUACUUUUCCCGGGACGCACAGAAGCACGACGUGGAGCUGCUGGAGCGGAACUUCCAGACCAUCCUGUGCGAGUUUGAGACCCUCUACAAGGCUUUCUCAAACUGCAGCCUCCCGCAAGGAUGGAAAAUGAACAGCACGUCCAGCGGGGAGUGGGUCACCUUUUACUUGGUCAAUCAGGGGGUUUGUGUCCCCAGGAACUGCAGGAAGUGCCCACGGACGUACCGCUUGCUCGGAAGCCUUCGGACCUGUAUUGGGAACAAUGUUUUUGGGAAUGCGUGCAUCUCCGUGCUGAGCCCUGGGACUGUGAUAACGGAGCACUAUGGCCCCACCAACAUCCGCAUCCGAUGCCACUUAGGUCUGAAAACUCCCAGCGGCUGUGAGCUGGUGGUGGGGGGAGAGCCCCAGUGUUGGGCAGAGGGCCGCUGCCUCCUCUUCGAUGAUUCUUUCCUGCACACUGCAUUCCACGAAGGUUCAGCAGAGGAUGGCCCACGGGUGGUUUUCAUGGUGGAUCUGUGGCAUCCAAAUGUCGCAGCCGCCGAACGGCAGGCCCUGGAUUUCAUCUUUGCUCCGGGACGAUGAGAACAUUCCCGUGCUGGAGCCGGCGAGAGUGGCCGCGGGUCAGCAUGGGCAGUCUGGGGUCCGGUCUGGCCCCCCGCAUUGCGAGUCCACGCUCAGAAACCUGCCUCAGCAGAGAGCUCUUCGUGGGAUUUUUACAUCGCGUUGGGUCCCGCUUUCCUUUGGUUGUUGUAAAUGGGAAAUUUUCAGCUUGUAUUUCCUUAGAUUUUUUUCCUUCCGAUCAUCUGCUUCUGCGAUUCCUUUCUGCCUAAUAGUGCGUUACUUUGCUCCGUGACCAGAGGCGGUGCCCCUCUCGUCUGUGUCGUGUUGCUCCGUGGUUUUUUCAGUGCUCUGAAAUAGAGUAACCAAAUGGUUAUUUGUCUGAAUGUAAUAAUGUAAAACUUCUUGUGGUCAUCUUAAAAGAAAACAACAAAAACAAAACAAAAAAUGGCAAACUGGAGAGCUGGAGAACUUGGCCUCUGCUGCCGUCACAGUCACACAGGGGACCCUUCAGCCGCCCCAGGGCAGGGGAGAGAUGCAGUCCCCGCCGGCCGGCCGGCCUCGCGGGCAGGGUGGACACGGUCAGGGGCGGUGCACGGCGUCAGGCCUGGGGAAGCUGUCCCCGUCACUCACCUCGCCCCAAACCCUGUCAGGUCCCCGAUGGCAAAGAGCAUUCGGCGGGUGGGACUGGAGGCUUUUCUGUCAACCUUGCUUUCCUACAAAGCCGAGGCUGGAGUCCUCGAGAGCCAAGGUGGGGCUCCCACGGAGCAGCCGCGGAACGUGUAAUUCACUUACCUCACUGCCUACAGAAGCCCCACUGCCAAACCGGGCCUGGAAACUUCCCCGUUUGAGUGGUUUUGAGUCCACGGUGAUGAAUGUUAAGCCAACCCAGGUUGGCUGAUAGGAGCUGUGGUGGGAUAAGACCUCACUCAUCCAUUGACCUCUGGGAAAGCCUUUCUCUGGCAAACUGGAAUCGUAGAUCCGACCAAAGUGUCUGUUUUGCUUUGGAGUUCUGUUGCCUCUGAUUUUCCAUUUAUUUGUCUGUACAUAAAUGUUCGAACCCUGGCCUCGGAGAGAGUGGGCCCUGUGUCUCUGUCACUGCACAGGUGCCAAGUGACGGCGACCUAAGCCAGGGUAUGUGACACUGGGAGGACUACAGACCCAGAGGACCGCCAGUCGCGGUGCUGGCUUUUGGUCUCCUGUGAAGGACGGGGCCAGUUUGAGGCGCUAAGUCUAGAAACAGCCUCCUGUUAGCCCAUGUGUGAGAGCGUAGCCUCCAGCCGUACUAGAGAUGCCUUUCUUGAAUAAUGAAUGAUGGCAGUGUCGGGUUUAUAAAGCCGUGGAGCGGUGUAGAAUCUACGGCUUGUCACACGUGCGGGUCCCGUGUUUAUGUCCGAGUGGAGACCAGCAGCUUCUGUGAGGAGCAGGCGUCAGAAGUGAACACGAUCUGAAAUGCGCUAGGUAGUUCCUAGCAAGUGGGCAAAGAAAACGUGUCUACAUUUGAGUAAAAUUUCCACGCAGAUAUUUUUCAGUGAUUCGAAUGCAGGAAAGAGCAGAAAUUUCAAACACACCUGAAGUCUUUUUACUCAUUAAGUAUCUUGUUCAAGAACCACUGAGGUGCAUGAUUUCUGUACAUACUGACCGCUCUACGUUUACAGAGCCAGCAGCCCACACGGGUACCUGGCUGCCUGUGCGCACGUGACGUGGUUGGGGAGCAGGAGAUAAAUAAAGGAUCUUGCUGAAACCCGA